ACGCAGGGCUCCCGGUAACGGAUCUGAUCCCACACGCGCUCUGCACUCAGCCGCAGGAAACAGCGGCACAUGAGGGACGAAAGGCAGGGAAACUAUUGAGCCUUGAAGUUUUUCUACUCGUCAUUGAUCACUGAUCAGCUAGUUUGUGUUGUGGUGGAUUAGCUCUGCACGCGCGCUAAACAAACUCUUGGAUUUACUGAGGAAGAUGAGCAGUUUAAGAGAUGAAGCUCGCGCUGAACGCUCCUCGGGUGGUGUGAUGAAGAGCGAGUGAUGAGCUGAAUGUGAGGAAUGUCCGUCUGUCUGCUGCUGGUCCUCUUCACACUGACCGCACACACUCAGGUGUCUUCUGGAAAAUCUCUGAAACUGCUACAGGAACAAUGGAGGAUCUACACCAAUGAAUGUGUUCAGAGCUUCAUCCACACGCCGCCAGCCUCAGGGCUGGUGUGUAACAGGACGUUUGAUCAGUAUGUGUGUUGGCCCGACGGCCCCGCCGGCACCACGGUUAAUGUGUCCUGCCCCUGGUAUCUGCCCUGGUACCACAAAGUUCAUCAGGGGUUGGUUUACCGCGUGUGUGGCGCUGACGGCAGAUGGGCUCAUGGGAAAAACACCAGCGAGUGUGAGCAGGACGACCCUGGACAGAAGCAGUACGGUCAGAUCCUCAGUAAGUUCAGAGCCAUGUACACCGUCGGAUACUCACUGUCUCUGGCAGCGCUAACUCUCGCGCUGGCCAUCCUGGUCUCAUUCAGGAAGCUGCACUGCAUGAGGAACAACAUCCACAUGAAUCUGUUCGGCUCCUUCAUCCUGCGGGCGCUCUCCAUCCUCAUCAAAGACGCCCUGCUGGACAAGAUGAACAGCGCUCAGAGCGGCCCGCAUCACUUCCAGGGUCAGCGCUGGGUCAGCGUACAGACGGUGACUGGUUGCCGUGUUGCCAUGGUGAUGAUGCAGUACAGCGUGAUGGCCAACAACUACUGGCUGCUGGUGGAGGGCUUGUAUCUGCACAGCCUGCUGGUCAUCACCGUCUUCUCCGAGAAGAACUACUUCUACAUUUACCUCUGCAUCGGCUGGGGUGCGCCACUCAUAUUUGUGCUGCCGUGGAUGACAGUCAAAUACCUGUAUGAAAAUGAAGAAUGCUGGGAAAGGAAUAUCAACAUGGGCUUCUGGUGGAUAAUCCGUUCUCCCAUUCUGUUCGCGUAUCUGAUUAAUUUCAUCAUAUUCAUUCGUAUAAUAAAGAUUCUGAUGUCCAAGCUGAAGGCGCAUCAGAUGAGAUACACCGACUAUAAGUUCAGGCUGGCGAAGUCCACGCUCACACUGAUCCCUCUGCUGGGAAUUCACGCCAUCCUCUUCACCUUCGUCAUCGACGAGUCCGUGCCGAAGGAGUCUCUUCUGAGGCUGAUCCGCCUCUUCUAUGACCUCCUGUUCAGCUCCUUCCAGGGUUUGCUCGUGGCCAUCCUGUACUGCUUUGUCAACAAAGAAGUCCAGAGCGAGAUGCUGAAAAAGUGGAAGAGGUGGAAACUGGGAAAGGACAUUGAGGAAGAGUACCGUCACACCCACAGCCAGACACCCCAUGCCAAAAGUGGCAGCAUGGUCCCGGUGAUGACCCACGAAUGCCCCGACACCCCAGAACCGGGGACCACGGCCUCGGUGGAGUCCCAGCGUUUGGUGACGGGCCUUCAGAACGGGGUGAGCCGGAGCAGAGGCCGCGCGAGGCUGCAGUUGGCCUCCGAGCCACAGGAGGGCGCCAGUAACUGCAGCUCUCUGACGGAAGACAUUUGUCUGGAAGAGCGUCCCCUCAACAGUGAGUGCUCAGCGAUGGUGGCAGAAACUAACGUUUGAGGAACGUGAUGCUGACGGCUGUUUUUAACACUCUUGGAUCAAUGGAAAUGACGGUACAUUCCAGAUACAGACUUCAUAUUUAAAAACGGCUUCUGUCAUGAGAAUGCAGGAAGCUGUGGGUCCUUUAAAAACAAACCGCAGCUGUCUCCUGAGUUGGUAAAUAACUAAACAGUAUUAAUUAUUGGUGCUUUCUAAGGCAAGCAGCAGUAUUUUUAUAGCUCAUACUUUAGGGUUAUGGGUUAUUUCUUUUUUGGCUGAGCAACCAUCUAGAAACCAUCCAAUUUGGUAUUGGAAAUACCGAUUACAUUUACAUUACACUUAUGUAUUCAGCAGAUGCUUUUAUCCAAAGUGACUUACAAUAGAGCAUAAGCAGUUCGCCACAGAGCCAACAAUGGGCCUCCUUCAUGAAACACGAGCAGGACGAAUAUUUGUGUAGGAUCGUUCGUAAAGCUGUUCUGACGUAAAUUUUCAGAUUCAUGAAAAUGUUCGUAUUUUCAAAAUGUUAGUUGGUACUAAAGAAAUUUACACCUGCUCCCUACCACGUGUAAAUGGUGCGUAAAACUUGAACGUUUUGUGUUCUUUUAGGCAAAGUGAUGACACUAAAUAAUAUUGCCAUAAUAAUAUUUCAUUAGUAGGCAUAUGACGGUAUCAGAUUUUCAUGUUGCGAUGAUUGCUUAAGCUUUUAUCACCGUAUACUGGUAUUAACACGGUAUUGAAAUAAGUUGCAAAAAAAGUGUUGUCAUAGUUUAACAGGUUUUUCGUAUAACAAAAAGAACAUUUAAAUACAAUAUCGCAGUACACAAAUUAUAAAGUAAAAUGUUUCAAACAGAUUAAAGUGCAAAAGAAUUAAAGAACAACAGGUAACACUAUAUAAGGUCUCAUUAUUUAACGUUAAUGCAUUAACUAAGAUUAAGAAUGAGCAAUAGCUACAUUUGUUACAGAAGGUAUUAUUUUUUUGUUAAUAUUAGUUAAAAAAUACAACUGAUCAUUGUUAGUUUUAGAUCCAUUAAAUAAUAAUUACAACUUUUGAUUUUAGUAAUGUUAAUAAACAUUAACUAGAAAUUAACAUUAACUAAGAUUAAUAAUGCUAUUUUAAAUGCUAAUAAAUGCUAUAAUAAAAAUAUUUUUUCAUUGUCAGUUUGGUAGUAAUGAAUUAACAUGUUAACUAAUGAAGCCUUAGGUCAUCAAGUUUUACUGAACAAUAACAAAUAAUCAGAAAAAUUUUAAUCAUUAUAGGGCAUGUUGUAGUCCAGAUUAAAAUAUAACAAUGUUUCAGUUUGAAAAUAAAUAGCCAGUUAAGUCUUUAAGUAUUAAGUAUUUGGUGCUGUGAUGAACAACAUUGCGAAUACAAAAAAAAUUAUUGGCUGUUUGAAGCAUUUUAAAAACUGUUCAGUAGCGCAACUGCUUUGUUUGCGGGGUUUCCGGGGUAACCGCAGCAUUUCUGCUGUUCCAUCAGCGCCCUCUGCUUCAUUCAGAGCGUCUCUUUCACUCGUUCUGCCAUGUGCUUCUCAUGCAUGUUGGGUUUGUUUACAUAGUGCGCGUGCCUCUUUGACACCGCAUACAGCGGUGUUGUGGAUUUUAUAUAGUUGAUGGGUAUUCUUAAAAUGUAAUAUAAAAAUUUGAAUAAUUCAUAAUAAAUAAUUAUUCACGGUAUUUUGAGGUGCCCACGGUAACAAUAUUGUGCAUAUUCAUUAUCGGCACGUCUAUUGCAAACUGUUGUCACUGUCACUUUUUACCCAGCUGUCCAAUCACAGUGGAGGAGGGGCAGGACAAAUACUACACCAACCAAACAUCCUACUUGUACAAUGUCUAAACAACAAUGGACAAGUUGCUGGUUACUGCAUUUUUAUGUUCAAUAAUAUUCUUCAAAAUGAGAUUCUAGUAACAAAUUACUGCCUGGCAUAUUCCAUAUCAUCAUAGCAACCAAAGCGUUUUAGCUGGAAAAACGCUGCGCCUCCGAAGCGCUCUCAAGCGCCACCAGCUGGCCGUUUUCAGAAAAGCACCUGGCAUUUUUUCAGCUGGCUAAAAAUGCUUUGGUGGCCUUUUAGUCUCUUUUGUGUUUAUACAAUAUACUGGAGCCAAACCUGAGAAGGGAGUCCAGAAUGGUCACCGUGAUUUUGCCAAGUAAGACAUGUUCCUGGAUCAACAUCUUUGUUGAUCCUGGAACAACAUUCCAAUCAACCGAUCAGAUUUGAGGGACAAGUUUAUCAUUUAUGUCCAGUUUAGGCUUGCAACCAGGGUUAGGUGCUUCUACAUCAAUGUUAUUCACCUAUCUUUCCCCUCUGAUUUUAGGGAUAAGUUAUGGGUAGGAUUAGGUUUAGGGGUAGGAAUAGGGUUAAGACUAAAUUUUUCACACUUGAAUGUUGUUCCAGGAUCAACAAAAUAUGUUGAUCCAGGAACACGUCUUACUUGGCAAAAUCACGGUGACCGUAAUUCAUAUGCGGGGAUUAUGCUAAUUGUGAAUGAGCGUGCACGUGCGCCCUAUUCACGAAUGAUUGAAAUUCAUUAACAUACACGUUUAACUAUCAAAUCUGAUGUUUCCGAAGCAUUUGUGAAUCUGGAGGAGUUCUCAGGAAGGUCCGUUUUACACGCAAAUUACUCAGAAUGUACUAAUUUUAUGAAAGUUUCAUGAAUGAGGCCCAAUAUUCGCAGUAUACAAUGGCACGUUUAUUAGAAAGCUGGAUUAGGAAACAAGCCAGAGCAGAAGAGAAAUUCAGGGAAGAGAAAAGGUGCUGCUUCUUGAAAGUUGCGAUGGUUUCUGCAUUUCAGUGGAGGUUGGUGGCUCAUUCCACCAGAGAGGAGCAGAGAGGGUGAAGGGUCUGGAAAGCCACUUUGUGCCUCAUUGUAAAGGAACAACAAGACACUGCUCGUUCGAUACCAGUGAAAACACUUGGUUAUUUACCCACUCAGGAGUUAAAACCGCUUUCAUCACCAAAAACACUCACACUGACAGAGAUGAGCUGCGAGCCGUCCAGAAUUCAGUUCUGUUUCACUAACCACGGACAAAAGACACUGAAACGUGUCAGUCAGAGAUCAUCAGUCGCUCUGCAUCAGUAAACCUGAGUUUGAUGUUUCACACGGGCUGUUCGCUUGGUAUCGUGACCAGAUGCUUUAAUAAACAGUCAAAUUCGAGCAGAUCCUCAUUGGAAGCGUACGGUGUAAUGUUCCUGUGUUUACAUGCUAUAUGUCCAUCCACACACUUCACUGGAGUGCCAUUCUUACAGACUACCCACAAUUCAUUGGGAGAAAAAAAAAGCAGCUCAGUUGAGAGCUUGGGAAUGCUCUUUAUGGCUCCCUUGUGAGGAUUUCAAGACCAUUACUAGGAAAAACCAUUCCGUAUUUGGGUGAAAACAGUAUAUUUUAACUUGCAAGACUGAAACACUCUCCCUGUUCAUGAUGCAUUAUUUACUGAAGCGAUAAGGUAUGAGAGGUUAUUAUAUUAUUAAUAUAAAUAUUUAUGAAUAUACAUCAUUUAAAAUGACAGCUACACAUGAUCUAAAGCAGCCGUUCUCAAAUGAUUUUGCUUCAGAAACCCAGUUUUAGAUUGGACUGGAUUGGUGACCCAAGAGUUAUUUUAGUAUCAUUGAGAAACUAUUACUAUAGUUUUUAUUAACAUUUUACAAUGAGGUUUCAUUUGUAAACCUAAGUUAACAUGAACUAAAAAUGCAUUUAUUACAGCAUUUAUUCAUCUUUAUUACUACAGCAUUUAUUAAUAUUAAUUCACAUUUACUAUGAGCAGCACGCAGUGUAUUCACUAUAUUAAACAACCUCUGGUUACUUAAUGCUUUUAUAAAACCAAUACUACAUAAAAAAUAAAGCUGCAAUCCCUAGUUUAGUGUCCGUCUUUCUGCUUGAAGAUUUAUUCCCUAAAUACUGAACGUUGCUAUGCACCAAAAAUAAGCAGAAAUGAACAGUGAUGAGCAGGUGUUUUGUGUCAUAGCUGUUUCUGAUUUAUAUAACGCUGGAACGCUGUAUUGACCAGUCACAAGCCAAACAUUUAAAGAUUUUAAGAUGCUGCUAAUCAUUUACAUUUUUAUGCUUAUAUGAUCCACAUUGAAAAGAUGAGAUUGAUUUAGUUAAAACCUUCCAGCUAAAUCUCAAAUGACUAUGUAUCUUACCAUAAAGCUUCGGUAAUGUGUGAAUAAUGCAGCAUAAACACGGAGCUUCGUGUGGAGUCCUGGACGUCAUGUGAUUGUGAUCUCAUGCAUCUGCUUCAUUUUAAUGUCUUUUUGUGCUUUGUGGAAAGAAUUUGUAUGGAAGAGUUGAAUUAUGGUACAUGUGUAAAUCACUUUUGUUAUUGCCUGCGAGAACAAGAAGUAAAGAGGGAGCAAAAAAGAAGCAGAAAUCGAAAGGAAAGUUGUUAAAAUAAAACUCCCUGAGCCUG